UUCUAUCUCUCAUUUACCCAAGCAAAACACCCAAAAUUCCUCUGUCUCACUCUGCCUCUCAAUGCACACACUUGCUUUCAAUUUUUGCAGAAAUCAAGUGAAGUAUUGACUGACAGAGGGGACUUAGCGAAGAGUGGUGUGUGCAAAGCAUUUGUGUUAUGGAAAGAAAUAGUACGUUAUAUAUUCGAAUUCAAUUUAUUGCCUUUCUUUGCUGAGUGUUUACGUAAUUUUCUCGCCGAUUAUAGAGUGGCUAGUAAAGCCAAAUCAUUACCAAUUCAAAACCCAGAUCUCUAUUCAUUGUUUUUCUGCCUUUUCGAGGCGGCGUAACCCACUUGUCAUCUUCUAGACUCUAGUCUCUGUUUUCUUCUGGUGUAGAAACAGAGAGAGAGAAGCAGAAAUGGCCGAAGAUUCAGCCAAAAUCUAUAUACCUGAGUCAUUUCAGGUCAACCGAGAUGACAUUGCGGGGCAAAUUGGGAUGAUAUGGGAGCUGAUAAAGCAACCAUUGAUAGUUCCUUUGUUGCAAGCUAGUGUGUAUGUUUGUUUGGUUAUGUCGCUGAUGCUGUUCAUGGAGAGACUCUAUAUGGGUGUUGUUAUAAUCCUUGUUAAGCUCUUUUGGAAGAAACCAGACAAACGUUACAAAUGGGAACCUCUCCAAGAAGAUUUGGAGUCCGGAAAUUCCAACUUCCCAGUCGUUCUUGUCCAAAUCCCAAUGUUCAACGAAAGAGAGGUUUACAAGGUCUCCAUUGGAGCCGCAUGCGGACUUUCUUGGCCGUCCGAUCGUCUCGUGAUCCAAGUCCUCGAUGAUUCAACUGACCCUGUUAUCAAGCAAAUGGUGGAGCUGGAGUGCCAGAGAUGGGCAAGCAAGGGAAUUAACAUAACGUACCAAAUCAGAGAGAACAGAGUGGGCUACAAAGCAGGGGCUUUGAAAGAAGGUCUAAAGAGAAGCUACGUUAAACACUGCGAAUAUGUGGCUAUCUUUGAUGCUGAUUUCCAGCCUGAGCCUGGCUAUCUAAAGCGAGCCAUUCCUUUCUUGGUCCAGAACCCAGAAAUCGCACUUGUUCAGGCUCGUUGGCGAUUUGUGAACUCGGACGAAUGUCUGCUGACAAGAAUGCAAGAGAUGUCACUGGAUUACCAUUUCACUGUGGAGCAAGAAGUUGGUUCAGCCACUCAUGCAUUCUUCGGUUUCAAUGGCACUGCUGGUGUUUGGAGAAUUGCCGCAAUCAACGAGGCAGGUGGCUGGAAGGAUCGUACAACCGUGGAGGAUAUGGAUCUUGCUGUCCGAGCUAGUCUAAGGGGUUGGAAGUUUGUCUACCUUGGUGAUCUCCAGGUGAAAAGUGAACUUCCUAGCACAUUCAAGGCCUUUAGGUUUCAGCAGCAUAGAUGGUCAUGUGGUCCUGCCAAUCUGUUUAGGAAAAUGGCAAUGGAGAUUGUUAGAAACAAGAAAGUGAGGUUUUGGAAGAAAGUGUAUGUGAUCUACAGCUUCUUCUUCGUCCGGAAGAUUAUAGCUCAUAUGAUCACAUUUUUCUUCUACUGUGUUGUACUUCCAUUGACCAUUUUAGUUCCUGAAGUUGAGGUCCCUAUUUGGGGAGCUGUCUACAUUCCUUGCAUUAUAACCAUUCUCAAUUCAGUCGGAACACCAAGGUCCUUUCACUUGUUGUUUUACUGGAUCCUUUUCGAGAACGUAAUGUCAUUGCACCGGACUAAGGCAUCGUUCAUUGGUCUGCUCGAAGCAGGACGGGUUAAUGAAUGGGUUGUCACUGAAAAACUAGGUGAUACACUCAAGAACAAAGAUGCUGCCAAGAACAAAACCAACCAGAAGGCAGUGAAAAAAAUCCGGUUUAAGUUCAUUGAGAGAAUCAAUUCGUUGGAGCUGGGAUUCGCGGCCUUCCUUUUUGUCUGUGGAUGUUACGAUUAUAUUUAUGGGAAGAACAACUACUUUGUAUACCUAUUUCUCCAAACCGUUACCUUCACCAUCACCGGAUUCGGCUACGUUGGCACCAUCAUUUAACUAGAUUGCCAUUUGUGAUGCUCUGUGUGGUUUCUCUUCUUGUACAUCAAAUUGUUUUUGUGGGGUUCCUGCAAGCAACAUUCUAUCAAAAUCGCGGAUUUGUGUUCCUGCGCAUUCAAGCAGAAAUAAGUUCCCGGAAUGGCAGAAAGUCAUAGCCAAGAGAACAACAUGUUAUCCUCCAAUCUUAAUACAGAGGCAAGAACGGAAAAGCAGCAGAAGCAGCAUAGCAUAAGAAUUAUAGGGAGAUGAUGUUAAUUUAUUUACAUAGAUUGCUUUUGAAAUUGUGAGAUUUUGCUUUUUCUUUCUUUUUCCUUGGAUUUCCAUUUUUAGGUAAUUGCCUCUGUUUUGAGGGGAAGAAACUGGUGAAUCAAAUUGUGAAUUUGUGAGCAAAAAUUAAGUUAAUAAUUUUCUACUACCUA